AUGAUCAUCCACUCCUGACAACAGCCCAUUUUGGAAGCUGGAAGACAAUGAGAGUUGGGAUGGCGUUUCUAAAAGCACUGGGAUACAUGGUUGUUCUUCUAGUUAUACACUCCACUCUGAAGAACUGGGGAUACAGAGAAUCUCUGAAUGUAUUCUUUGAGGAACUAAUGGGUUCAACUCACACUCAAGCCAGAGUAAAAAGAAUGGCUUCCAUAAGUACCUCUGAUUAUGUACUCCAAGUUGUUAUCAACAUCUCUGAUGUGGAGCGUCUCCAAACAAUGUUGGGCCAACUCAGUUAUCCAUCACUAAUCAACAGCACUCCUGAGGUGCAAAUUACUGGCAUUAAUACCACCACAGAUCCGGUGGACAUUGAUUUAGUCCUGGACUUGCGCAUCCCAGUCUCCAGUGUGCCAUCAAAUUUCACUCAUCUAUUCAGAAAUUUCCCAUUGCCCUACAACAUCAGUCAAUCUUUGACAAUAAUAGAUUUAAACUUCACCACAUGGUGCUCUCCGAACUCCACUGGAGGACUGCAGUGUGAGUGUGAGGAGCAGUUUGCUUGGUCAUGUGACAAGUGUGACAUCUACGGUGCGUGCACUAAUGUCACCAGUCCGACCUGUAGCUGCAUCAAUGGACUUCCUUCAGAUGGAGGGUUCUGUGAACCAAUCACAAGUUUUCUCUGUAACGAUACCACAUUUGGUGUUGGUAAUAGAAGUGAUACGGCUAAAAUUCCCUGUGAAGAAGAAGAAGGGCAGGAAGACAAGGAGGGGGACAUCAUAGCAGAAUGUUUGCAAAAUGGUUCAUGGGGGAAUAAGCAAAAAAACUGCAUCCUACGACAGGUUCAGGAGCUGCUUGAGCAGUCUCAGUUCUUGAAUAGCAAUUUAUUACCAGUAUUCUUGGACCAACUCAGCAAUGUCACUGUCAAUUUCACCGAGGAAGUGGUUGCAUCUCCUUUAGACAUCAGUGCCAUUGUUGAUAUACUCAACAAUGUCGCCAACGCAUCACUUACUAUCCCAAUAAAUAAAGAUUUAAUGAAGGAUGUCCUUUUAACUGUAGGUAUCCUCACCUCAAAUGAAUCAAGGGAGUCAUGGAACUCUCUAAACGCCAAUGACACCAGAAACAUCUCAGAAAAAAGCAGCCCCACAGCCAGAAGCGUCAGCUCAACAUUAUUGCAGUCUGUUGAGAACAUAACAAAGGCCCUUACCAAUGACUCCUUUAAUAUUGACACGCCUUUUAUUCUCUUAAACAAAACCACAUUCACAAACACUUUUAAUGCUGAUAUUGAAAUCUUGGAUUCAGCCGUGGAGACAGACAUACCAGAGUCUGAUGGAGAGAAUAAGUCCAUCACUGUGAUAACAUUUGCAUCAAUGGAAAAUGUACUCCCUGCAAGAGAUGAAAACAAUUCAACCUCUAACUUCAUCAAUGGGAGAGUUGUACUUGUUUACUCUGAUGGAACUGUCAAUAAUGUUUCAUUCACUUUUGAUAUUUUAAACGAUACUUUGAAGAAACCUCAGUGUGUUUUUUGGAACUUCAGCCUCUUUGAUGGUCUCGGGGGAUGGGACGACGAGGGCUGCGAGCUGGUAGACGACAACAAUACUGUCACCUGCAACUGCAACCACCUGACCUCGUUCUCUAUGCUCAUGUCACCCUUCAGUCCAAAUGACCUUGUGUUGGAAUUUAUUACCUACAUUGGAGUUGGAAUAUCCAUGGCUUCCUUGGUUAUAUGCCUCAUAAUUGAAGCUGUCAUAUGGAGAAAAAUAAGAAAGAACAACACCUCUUACUUACGCCAUGUUUCCAUCGUUAACAUCGCCGUGUCUCUCCUGAUUGCAAACAUUUGGUUUAUUAUUGGAGCAGCCAUUUCAGAAGCAGAAAAGAAAGACCGAUCAGCAUGCAGUGCGGCCACAUUUUUCAUCCAUUUGUUCUACCUAGCCCUGUUCUUCUGGAUGUUUGCCUCAGCUCUGCUGUUGCUCUACCGCACAGUCAGUGUCUUCGAAGGGUUGUCCAAAAAUUCUAUGUUGGCAAUUGGUUUCUCUCUCGGCUACGGGGCACCCCUCAUCAUUGCAAUUAUAACUAUAGCUGUAACUGCACCCAACAAAGAGUACAUCCGUGAAACUUCAACCCAGUUGAGUUGCUGGCUCAACUUCAAUGAUUCCAAAGCUCUACUGGCCUUUGUGAUCCCUGCACUGUUAAUAGUGGCGAUAAACCUUAUAAUACUAUGUGUGGUGAUUUACAAAAUGUUGAGGAGAAGGGCUGUGGGAGACGCUGCACAAGCAGCUGAGAGGAACGUUCUGGUGGUCAUUAUCAGGAGUUUGGCUGUCCUUACACCAUUUUUUGGAUUAACUUGGGGUCUGGGAGUCGGAACUAUGACCAACCCACACAACAAAGGAAUCCAUGGUUCAUUUGCAUUCUUCAAUUCACUGCAGGGAUUCUUCAUUUUGGUGUUUGGAACGCUGUUGGACAAAAAGGAGUUACCUGGUUAA